AUGGAUAAGAGACUCGAGAAAUUAGAGCGAAUGCAAAAUGACAUGCAAGAACAAAUGCAGUCCCAGAUGGAAGAGCAGCUAGCCAAAAUUCAACGAGAGAUGAAGGAGCAAAUGAUGGAGUCUCAGAGAGAGAUGAUGUCCCAGUUAUCCAAAUUACUGCUAGGAGGAAUGGAUAAGGGAAAGGGCCCCAUGGACCAAGUUGAGAAAACCAAUGAAGAUCUCCAAUACCCCCUAGCUUUACUCCGAUGCUCUAACUUUGUCAACAACCCGAACUAUCCGUCCGUUCCUGACUUGGAUGAAGCGGCUGAAGAGGAAAAGGUGAGGAUGGAUUCGCAAAAACAAUUGGAAGAACGUUGUAGAUGGCUCGAGGAAAAAUUCAAAGCCAUGGAGAGCGCAGAUCAUCAUCAAGGGAUUGAUGCCAAAGAUCUGAGUCUGGUCCCAGAUUUAGUCCUUCCCUCAAAAUUCAAAAUGCCUGAAUUCGAGAAAUACAAUAGAACAAGUUGCCCUGAAGCCCACAUCACCAUGUUCUGCAGGCGAAUGACCGGAUAUGUUAACAAUGACCAGCUACUAAUCCACUGUUUUCAAGAUAGUCUGGUUGGAGCGGUGUCUAAAUGCUAUAAUCAACUGAGUCGAGCCAAGAUUAACUCAUGGAGGGACCUGGCUCAGGCCUUUAUGAAGCAAUACAAUCAUGUGACGGACAUGACCCCCGACAGAAUCACUCUCCAGAAUAUGGAAAAAAAGUCAAAUGAAAGCUUCAGACAGUAUGCACAAAGGUGGAGAGAGGUGGCCAUACAAGUUCAGUCGCCACUUCUAGAAAAGGAGACGACAAUGCUCUUUAUCAACACCUUGAAAGCCCCUUUUAUCACCUAUAUGUUAGGAAGCACCACAAAAAGCUUCUCCGACAUAGUGAUGACGGGGGAAAUGAUCGAGAAUGCUGUGAGGAGCGGCAAAAUAGAGUCGGGAGAAAGUGCCAGAAAGUCGGCCCCAAGGAAAAAGGACAAUGGAGUGAACAACACGAGCACAUUCAACAAGGGGCAGUCCAAGUCAAUUACCGUGAAUCAACCCAAAACGGUGACUACCAAUCAAUAA